AUGUACAUAACCAAGGUCUACAACAGUUCCUCAGUGACCAUGUUCAUCUUACUGGGAUUCACAGACCAUCCAGAGCUCCAGGUCUUCCUCUUUGUGACGUUCCUGGGCAUCUAUCUCGUGACCCUGGCCUGGAACUUGGCUCUCAUCUUUCUGAUCAGAAGCGAUACUCGUCUGCACACACCAAUGUACUUCUUUCUCAGCAACUUAUCCUUCAUUGACAUCUGCUACUCUUCUGCCGUGGCUCCCAAGAUGCUCACUGACUUCUUCCAGGAGCAGAAGACCAUAUCGUUUGUGGGCUGUGCUGCUCAGUUUUUCUUCUUUGUUGGCAUGGGUCUGACUGAGUGCUUCCUCCUGACUGCUAUGGCAUAUGACCGGUAUGUAGCCAUCUCCAGUCCCCUUCUCUACACCGCCAUUAUGUCUCAGAGCCUCUGUACAGGCAUGGUGGUUGGGGCCUAUGUUGGUGGGUUCCUGAGCUCCCUGAUUCAGGCCAGCUCCAUCUUUCGGCUUCACUUCUGUGGCCCCAACAUCAUCAACCACUUCUUUUGUGACCUCCCGCCAGUCCUGGCGCUGUCUUGUUCUGACAUCUUCCCCAGUCAAGUGAUAAAUUUCCUCGUGGUGGUUGCUGUUGGAGGGACAUCGUUCCUCAUCCUCCUUAUCUCCUACAGUUACAUAGUGACUGCCGUCUUGAAGAUCCGCUCGGUGGAUGGCCGAUGGAAAGCUUUCAACACAUGUGCCUCGCACCUGAUGGUGGUGAUUCUGUUAUUUGGAACGGCCCUUUUCAUGUACCUGAGACCUAGCUCCAGCUACUCACUUGGCAGGGACAAGGUGGUAUCUGUGUUCUAUUCGCUGGUGAUCCCCAUGCUGAAUCCUCUCAUUUACAGUUUGAGGAACAAAGAGAUCAAGGAUGCUCUAUGGAAGGUGUUGGAGAAGAAGAGUUUUCCCAGGCCAUGA